GGGUCUCCCAAGUCUGCAGUAUCUCAUGUUGGGUGGAAAACAGACUGAUAACUCAGGAGAGUGCUGUCAUGCCUCGGGGUCCUGUUGUUCAUGCUGGCGGUGCUGCUUCACAACCUGGCUGGUCACUACCUCCUCCCCCUCUACCACAUCACCCUGGGCUGGCUGUCUGAGGCCAUGCGCUCCAACAGCAGACGGCGCUACCACUAUGACGCCUUCGUGUCCUACAGCGGAAAGGACGAGCGCUGGGUGGUGGAGGAGCUGCUGCCCAACCUGGAGCAGAGAGGACCUCCUUUCCUGCGCCUCUGUCUGCACAGCAGGGACUUCCAGCUGGGGAAGGACAUUGUGGAGAACAUCACCGAGAGCCUCAACCGGAGCCGUCACACCCUCUGCCUGGUCAGCCGCCACUACCUCCACAGCAACUGGUGCUCCCUGGAGAUGAGGCUGGCCACCUGCCGUCUGCAGGCCGAGCACAGGGACGUGCUCAUCCUGGUCUUCCUGGAGAAGAUCUCCCCUCGACGGCUGUCCGUCCAUCACAGGCUGGCACGGCUGGUAAAGACUAGGACCUAUCUAGACUGGCCCCAGGAACCAGGUCAGCAAGAGGCCUUCUGGGACAAACUAUGGAUUAAACUGAAACCUCCAAGCCAAGACUGACAUUUCCAGGAGUACUUUUCAAAUCAACUAGUUUUACGGUUAGGGAUGAGGUUACAUUAAGGUAA